UUCAGUAGUUGAUGCCGUAAAAUUUGGAAAAGUUUCACCCAACAGAACCAUUUUUUUUUUAAAUUUUGAAAAUUUGUCUAAAAGUAUAAAAAAUUAUUUUUUAAAAAUUAAAUAAAAUAAAAGACAGUCGUGUAGUGUAGCAACUAAUGUCCUUUUUGAAAACGAGACGAGCACAAUGGCUGCAAUCGAGACAACAGAUCCCGGUGAUAAUUCACAGUUUCACAAAAUGUCAGCAAAGCAGCUCAGACACAAAGCACAAGAAUUUUUAAGCUCUAGAAAAUAUGCAAAUAAUCUUGUUGACAUAAUCAGCCAGUGGGAAAAUUCUUGUAAUCUGUGUAUCAUGACUUUGGAGACAAUUUUUAUAGAGGUAUUAAGAAGAGGCGAUAUGUACUUGGAAAGAACAAUAGCACUUACUAUUUCCGAACCAAGUCCUGAAGUUAGAUAUAUAAAUUGGUUAAGAGAUUGUUAUGAAGAAAUUUGGGUCAAAAUAUUAUCAUGCUUUGAAAGUGAUAAAAUAUCAACACAAACUCAAGCUCUUACAACCGCUAUUAAAUUAAUGGCAGAAGAAGGAAAAUAUCCAAUCGAUGUACCAGAAAAUCACGGAUAUAUUUUUCCAGUACAUCGAUUAAAGUCAAUUCUUAUGACGCUAUUGUCACCUGAUCGAGACAAUUCAAAUAUAAUAUCAAAAUUUGAAGAAAUAAUCGGAUACAAAGAUGCUUUAUAUUAUGUAUUAAAAACUCUUCCAUCACUAACUCCUAAAAGACAACCACGUAAAUUAUUUAUUAAAAAUCUUCUAGAACUUAUCAAUAGAUUGCCAUUAACAAAAGAGAGUGAAUACUAUGCAAGCAACGAAAACCAAGAAUUACUUUGUUAUUUACCGAAUUCAUCAGCAAGUUUUACAUGGGAUCAAUCAUCCGCAAGAAAAUCUUUAAACAAAGUUUGGGCCUGUGUAAUGCAUUGGGAAUUAACACCUCAGCUGCACAAAUUACUCUUGAUCGUUCUUCUUGAACGGGUAAUCUAUCAUUUAGAAAAACCUAUACUGUUAACUGAUUUUCUUAUGGAUUCACUAGAUGCUGAUGGCCCAAUUGGAGUUCUUGCACUUAAAGGUGUUUAUAUACUUGUCACAAAGCAUAAUCUUGAGUACCCUAAUAUUUUUACAAAACUUUACGCCAUGUUUGAGCCUGAAAUUUUCCACACCAAGUAUAAAGCUCGACUAUUUUACCUCUCGGAUUUAUUUUUAAGUUCUACACAUUUACCAGAAGCACUGGUAGCAGCUUUUAUAAAACGUCUGGCUCGUUUAACUCUCGUUGCACCUCCAGAAGAUAUUCUUAUUAUUUUACUAUUUAUUGGUAAUCUUUUGUUACGACAUCCUGGUCUAAAAUGUCUGAUAGAUCAUCCUGAAGGAGGUGAAUUAUCUGAGAAUCCCGGAGUAGGAGAUCCUUUUCUUAUGGAAGAACGUGAUCCCCUUCAAAGCAAUGCUCUGUUCAGUAGCUUGUGGGAAAUUCGUGCUUUACAAAAUCAUAUUUUACCGAGUAUAGUAACAGCUGCAAGAUUUAUUCGUAAUCCUCUGCCUUCAAUCGAGUAUGAUAUGGCUGCGGCAUUAGAAAAAACCAGUGAAGACAUUUUUAAUAAAGAAAUAAAAGAUACUGUAAAAGAUAUCAUGUUAACAUUUGAACGACCGAAUUCUAUGUCAUUACCAAAAGGAGAAAGAUUGUUUCAAUACUGGCAAUUAUAAAAUGCGCAUUGAGUGAUUGUUUUAUCUAUAAAAAAUUAUUAUUAUUCAUAAUAAUAUAACGGAAUAAUUAUUCUAACGGGUACUCAUUGGAUCGAUAUCCAAACGCAUGAUCGGUAGAAUGCGUUUUUAAUGUUUACUGAGUUACUGCUGGGUAAAGUAAUCAUUAGGGUGGUCGUUAAAAACUUAAUUUUCUCAGACGCCCGAUAAAAAGCUUCUUUUCAGUGAAAAAAUACCUGGGGAAUUUUGUUUUUUCUUUUUAAGUUAAAAGAACAUGUGUCUCAGGACAAUCAAAGUUCAUUUUUCGAUAAAGUUGAGGUUUUUUUUUAAUAUCUCAUGAAAUAUGCAGAUUAAAGGAAAAAAUCACAGGAACAAUUUUUUAUGAAGAUAUUUUGAAAAAACUCUUUUGGAUCUUAUCAAUUGAGGAUUUAAAGGAUUACGGUUGUUAAAAAUAACGUUUUUUCUUAAAUGUAGACAACUUGCAACAUAUCAAUCAUUAAUGCUUGUUAUAAUUUCUAUAUACUUAGAAAAAUGUUAUUUUCAAAAUUUGUAAUCCUUAAAACACUGGUAGUGUUACAAUUCUACUCACAUCUCUACUCAGAGGAAGAAGCUACAACUCUACUCACUCACAACUUUACUCAGGUAUUUGAGCCUAUCGAUAAAAUAGCAAUUCUUUGUGAGUAGAAUUGUAGCUGAGUAAAGACAUAACUGAGUAGAGUUAAACCUGAGUAAAAUGAACUGUGAGUAGAGUUGAGGCUGAGUAAAAUUAUAACUCAGUAGAUUUAAACCGGAGUAAAGAAUUGUAACACUGCCAAAACGCUCAAUUGAUAAGAUCUAAAAACAUUUUUUUUAAUAUCUUCAUAAAUACACAUUUUAUAAAAAAAAUAAAUAUGACCUUUUUUGUCAAGAAUUUAAUUUCCUACAAAAUUGUUCUUGUGAUUUUUUCCUUUAAUCUGCAUAUUUAAUGAGAUAUUUAAAAAAAAACCUCAACUGUAUCGAAAAAUGAACUUUGAUCGUCCUGAGGCACGUGUUCUUUUUACUUAAAAAGAAGAAAUUAAAUUCCCCACUUAUUUUUUCACUAAAAAGAAGCUUUUUAUGGGGCGCCUGAGAAAAUUUAUUUUCUAAGGACCACCCUAGUAAUCAUGCUCGUUUCAAUAGUACUCGUUAGUAGUAUUUAAAAAAUAACUGAUUCAAUUUUUUUUUUUUUCAAAUCCAUCUUCAGUAACAAAUGAAAGUUAAUUAUAAUUUUGUUUAUUAUUUAUGCGGCUGUGAAUCAUUCGUUAUAAUAUUUGACAAUUAAUAACGAAUUGAAAAUUAUAAUGAGCCACAAAAAAAAUCAUUUUCAUUUUUGUUUCAAUUGUUUUAUUUUCUAAUUGAGUUAUUUAAUUAUAAAAAAUAUAUGUAUCUUUAGAAAUAAGUAUGUUAAUUGAUAUAUUUAAUUAGAUAAUUUGCGACUACUGAUAUAAAUAUUAUAUUUGUUUGCUUUUGUUGUUUGUAAAAACAUUUAUAUUCACGUAUAACAGAUAAUAAACAGUUUAAUUUAAUAA